UCGUCAUCGUUAUUUUCUGAUAUCUGCUCGGGCCACGGAGUUACUGUCAUCAGAUUUGGUUUCUUCCUCAUUCUUGGUACUAUGAUGUGUUACUUACCUAGAUAAUCUCCAGGCGAUAUCUCCGCCCCUUGUCAUCUGGUCGCAUUAGUAUGCCACAACAGACAGACUUUCUUUGUCUACGUCCCCAAUGCUCUUGCUAGGCCAAAAAGACUUUCUUGGUUCAGCGUUUCGCAGUGGUUAACGGAGAUACGGUCAUGAAAUCAUAGAUCCACUUGUCUACUAAACCCCUCAAUUGACAGCCAGGUCUAGGAGAGAAUGGGAGAAAGAUGCCAUAUAAAAGCAUCAACAAGGCUCACAUUUUCGAACUGGCCAUUCUACACAAGCCUAGAUAAAGAUAAGCCUCUUUAUUGUUAUCAUCAACCUCAACAUGGCGGAAUUCUUCAGGCCAGCACCCGAGCCUCGCACCGAGCUUGGUCGGUAUCGCAUCCUCUCCUCGACUGCGGGCAUCCGCGUGUCUCCGCUGCAGCUCGGCGCCAUGUCGAUCGGAGACGCCUGGUCGGAUGUUAUGGGCUCAAUGGACAAGGAAUCCUCCUUCAAGCUGCUUGAUGCCUUCGUCGAGGCCGGAGGCAACUUCAUCGACACCGCCAACAACUACCAGGAUGAGCAAUCGGAGACCUGGAUCGGAGAAUGGAUGGCCGCCCGCCAGAACCGCGACCAGCUGGUCCUCGCAACCAAGUUCACAACCGACUACAAGGCCCACGCCCUAGGUAAAGGCCAUGCCGUCAACCACAGCGGCAAUCACCGCCGCAGUCUGCACAUGAGCGUGCGGGACUCGCUCAAGAAGCUGCAGACGGACUGGAUCGAUAUCUUGUACCUGCACUGGUGGGACCACACCACCUCCAUCGAGGAGAUCAUGGACAGUCUGCACAUCCUCGUGGAGCAGGGCAAGGUGCUAUACCUGGGGAUUUCGGACUCGCCGGCGUGGCUUGUGAGCGCGGCGAACACAUACGCGCGCGCACACGGCAAGACGCCCUUCAGCGUCUACCAGGGGCGGUGGAACGUGAUGCUGCGGGACUUUGAGCGCGAGAUCAUCCCCAUGGCGCGGCAUUUCGGUAUGGCCCUGGCGCCGUGGGACGUACUGGGCAGCGGCAAGUUCCAGACCAAGAAGGCGCUCGAGGAGCGCAAGAAGAAAGGCGAAGGUCUGCGCAGCAUGCUCGGCCCCGGUGAGCAGACGGAGGAAGAGGUGAAGAUGAGUGAGGCUCUCGCGAAGGUGGCCGCUGAGCAUGGUAUCGAGUCUGUGACGGCCAUUGCGCUGGCGUAUGUGCGGGCCAAGGCCCCGAACGUGUUCCCGCUCGUCGGAGGGCGCAAGGUCGAGCACCUGCACGACAACAUCCAGGCGCUGAGCAUCAAAUUGACCCCGGAGCAGAUCGAGUACCUGGAGGGUGUGAAGCCGAUGGAUCUUGGUUUUCCCAACAAUCUCCUUGGAGCUGAUCCCAAGGUGACGGGCAAACCUACACCAUUGCUGGCCGCCACUGCAACAUUUGUUUUCGAGACUGGAUCGAAGCCAAUUGGGCUGGCUUGAUCGAUGACUGGGUUACCUAAUUGUAUAUAAUAAGUUCAAUGGGAAUUAUAGUGUGUAGUUGCAUAUUCAAUCGAAAAGGCUGC